AUGGCUCUUCGCAGGAGGAGGAUCUACGCUCGUAGGCGCUUUAGGCGACGGGCUACUCGUUUUGCUCGUCGGUUUCGUAAAGGGUUGCGGUCUCGGUUUGUCUGUCGUAAGUUCAUUAGCGUCAUUGAUGUCAAUACUGAUAGGGCCGAUUUUGAAAUAGCCCCUAAGGUGGAGGAUUUCAAGCAAGCUAAAUGUUUGCUUGAUUUGUAUCGUCGUUUUCGGAUUAAGGGAAUUAGCGUUCGGUACCGUAGUGAUAUACGCGGUGCUAUGGCUACUUGGUCAGAUCUCGGUAGUGCCUGUGUUCGGUUGGGCUGUUCGCCUAUAGCCUAUAAGGGUCAGUAUACGCAAUGUUCGGAGACCGACUGUCUACGUAUCAAAGGUUUCUAUAGAGAAUUUGUACUUCAAAGAGAUUUCGCAAUUAACCGCAAAGCAUUAUGGGUCAACGGAGAUAAGCCUGAGGCUAAGCGUAAUCCUCGGUCGGCGGAUCCUAAGCUUCCUCAUUACGGACUAUACUUUAAGUUUUGUAAUCUAAGCCCGGAGUAUCAAGCUAAGGUGAAGCGCGCUGGGAAACUUUACACAACUGCCUAUAUCCAAUUCCGCGAUCGUAAACUAGCCGAUUAA